AUGUCUGCCGCCAGCUUCUACUACAACAACAAGCGCCAUAGUCAUCCAGGAUAUUAUAACAACUGCAAACCAGAAAUCAGCAAGUCCCAACGCAAAAUGCAAACCCCAGACAGCGAUGGCGAAGCUUCAUCUUCGUCCAAAGAAACCACCCCAAGUGUCUCCCAGGAGAACCAGAGCCAGCAUCAGCACCAACAUCAACAUCAACAUCAGCCUGAUGGCGCCAACUCCCUGAAUGCCAACAGCGACGUCAAGCUCUGGCUCCAAUACACCGGCUUCUUCAACAUCGAGCAGCGCCUCAAAGUCCUCAACGGGUUCCGCAAACUCAAACACCUCGACGAGCAGCGCCUCAAGCUUCUCGAGGAGAUUCGUACGUCUACAGAGCACUGCGGUUCUUCCACUAUUGCUUCGAUUCCGCAGAUGUUUUCCGCUUUCAAAGACCCGUCGCCAACGUUCUCGAUGGCUAUGGCUAGAUUCAACGACGAUAAUGUCCUGUCGGGUUCCCAGUCAACGGCUUUUGCAAGCUCAAAUGAAAAUUAUGGUUCCGAGAAUUUUUCAGUCAAUAAAGGGGUUGACUCAGAUACCUGGUCCACGGCGUUUGGAAACGGAUUGCCGUCCCGUCAAAGUAGCAUCCAAAAUGCCAAAUCUCUCAUUAAAGCUACUACAUCCCCUGGUGAUUGUGAUCCCAACUCCGAAAUUCAGGGAACACAAUCUCUGUCCUCUUCGGAUGGACCAUUUCAAACGGAAACACGUCUUUUCAGCAAAAGUCGGAGCUUGAAUACCUACACUCCCUCCAAACUCUUGUCGCUGGCUCCCAAGCAAGAAUCGCGCUAUCUUCUAGUCAAGUCCUUCAACUUCAAAAACGUUGACAUGUCCCAGCGAGACGGAUUAUGGAUCACAAGUGCACGCAACGGCGCCAUCUUCGCCAACGCCUUCAAGCACCACAAAAACGUCUUUCUCAUCUUCUCCGUCAACAAGUCCAAGGCCUUCCAAGGCUACGCUCGCAUGACAUCCCCCCCUACAACCACCAUCCCCCCGCCAGAAUGGAUGAACAACAUCUCCUGGGAAGCCAGCCUCCCCUUCCACGUCCAAUGGCUCAGCACCCACCGCACCGAGUUCUGGAAGUUCGGCAAGCUAAGGAACCCGCUCAACGACUGGAAACCCAUCUUUGUCGGCAGAGACGGCCAGGAGAUACCCGAGACGUGCGGCCGUGAGAUGGUUUACGUCUUGGACCGGGGAGCGGUAAGAGAGAGGGGACGUAGCGGCGCUGAUUCAUGGAGAGCGCGGAAGGAUUACGAUGAUGCUGACAAGAACGAGGUGGGAACUUGGGACUAUAAUGAAGCUGACAGAAACGAGACGACAACUUGGGACCAUGAUGAAACUAACAAGAACGAGGUGACAACUUGGAACCAUGAUGAUGAAUGGUCAGAGGCGGAGGAAGACGUCCCUGCCAGCGAGGAAUCCGAGACAACAGAUGACAUGCCACUGAUCAAAUAUUAACUGACACUCGCAUUGAUGAGAAUCUCGGAUAGUCUCGGGGGACUUGUCUUGUGACAGACCGGGUUGCUUGUUCUAUUUAGAAAGCCGGCUUAUUAGGUCUCGCCAGGGGCCCAUCCUAACUUAUACCAACAGCGUCUCUAUCGAAAAAGGAUAUU